CACAUACGCGCGCACACACACGCACAUCCCGAGAGGUCCAUUUUGUGAAAGGUCCACUUUCCAAGCAUGAAGUGACACGAGCCCAACGGAAAGCUAAGAGGCAGUCUCCGUCGGUCGGACCGCGGUGACUCAUUGCGCACUCUGUCGGCGGGGCUUUUUUUUGUGUGUGUGUGUGUGUGUGUGUGUGUGUGUUGCGCUUCGCACAGCAGGAUCGAUACCUCUGAAAAAAAGGCGUGUUCUUGUGGAAGGCGUGGCUUGCUGUCACGGACAUAGAGUUGGUUUUCCAUAUUCAUUUUUUUUUUGUUGAGCCUCCUCUCACUGACACAGACGCGCAAGCGGCGCCCCAAAGGAACGGGACAUACACCUCCUCUCAAGGAAAUCACGCAAAGUAACUGGUAUUGCACAUCUGGAUUACGACCAUUUUUAAGGACCGAAACCGUAAAUCCAACAUGGGAACUAACCCAAAAAGGACAGUGUCAGUCCAGAUGGUUCCUCACAUGGCUGCGGUGGACACGUUAGGCAAUAAGGAGCCUAAUGCCAACUGGGCAAAAGAGCCCAACCUCCAACUCUCUCAGGUUUGCCCAAAACCCACCUUCAUAUCUCCUGAACACGGACAAGACAACUCACCUGUGACUGCUCCUUCCACCAACACCACCACACACACUGAAAACACAGCGUCCAAGGGAGGAGGGGGACCAGUCAGCUGCACUGUGACAGACAAACCAGCAGCAACGAAUGGAAACCGGACCAAGUCAGAGCUCGCGACGGGUAGAGACCAACAGGUGCAAGACCUGUGUCCAACAGGUUCAGGAGCGGGUGAGACGGGAGGCGACCAGAAGGAUUCAAAUGCUAAUAUGAAAAUGCUGAGUACGGCUGAUGAAAAGGGAAUCUGUAAGGCCGCCGUAGCGCCUGCUCUUUCAGAGCCAAAGGUCAACAUGCAGACCAACGACUGCAGAAUGAAAGGGCCAAACGCAGCACGAGAGGACGGCAAUAAAACUGUUGCUGCUGAUAAUUCAAAUCUCAACAACGCCUGCGACUUACAGCGCGCGAUUCCCCAACCGCAACGCGAUGACAGAGGUAGCGUGUUGGCCCUCAAAGAUGAGCACGCCGCUGUACCGCAGGAAUCUCAAGAGCCUGGUUGUGUACGUGGCUGCUCACGAAGCCCUGUGAGUCUGCAGGAAGAAGCCACACCUGAACAAAGCGCGGGGAGUCCUGCAGCUCCUUCUGCAGCUCCUCCGGCAGCUCCUCCUGCAGCUCCUCCUGCAGCUCCUUCUGCAGCUCCUUCUGCAGCUCCUCCUGCAGCUCCUCCUGCAGCUCCUCUUGCAGCUCCUCCUGCAGCUCCUCUUGCAGCUCCUCCUGCAGCUCCUCUUGCAGCUCCUCCUGCAGCUCCUCCUGGCUCCACCACACCUUUAUCUAAGACCAAAGAUGCACAGGUUGGAUUUACAAAUACGUCUUCAAGUUCAACGCAUCCACAGAAGGAUUCACCGCCGUUAAAGAAACCACAAGUCUCCUCAGAUGAACACCAGCCAGAGACCUCGCAGACGGACUCCUCGGCUCCGCCGCAGGCCGCGCAGACGACGCCUGCAGGCGGCCAGGUGGCAGAGGAAGCCAGCCACACCGACACAUCUGCAUUCGAGGCGCAGCGGCGGCAGCGCGACGAGCUGUACAGAGAGGCUUCGACGAUGACCGCGUCCCCGCCGCCUGCGCCGCCGGUCAAGCAGCGCCACGACGUGGAGGUUCAGGCGGUGGCCGACACGUGCAGCAAGGCUGUGGCCACGAGUCCCAGCCUGCUGCCCUUCGCAGCGCCUCGCAGGCUGAGUGUCGGUGCAGACGCGAGGGAGGCCGCGCAGAGCCUGGUGGUAGUGUACCAGGUCGACGGUGGUGUGGGGCUCCAUCAGGCGGACGUGAGCUCUCUACCCGUCGGUACUGAUGAAAGGUCGGAGAGGCUCACUGUUGAGGCAGAAAUGUGCCCCAACCAAAAUGCCGGCGUGGUUUUCCACUCAGAAACGUUGUCCCAGCAGCAGGACAAAAGGCUCGGAGCGAAGCCUAAAGACCCUGGGUCCGCUCUCUGCAACACUCAGCCGGUUUAUCAAAUCAACAUUGAACACAGCCACCGCAAGGAACCAGGGGACACGGCUAACUCGCCAAGUAAAACGGCGGCUCGGAACCCGGCAGCAGAAGCUCCACCUCUGGGACCAGGAGCCCUCCGAGAGGCCGCCGCCGCUCCCAAGCCCGGAUCUGCUGACAGUCACAAUGCUGCGCCGCCACCGGCUGCUACCAAGCCCAGUCAUGCCCUGCCAACAACAACAACAACAACAACAGCAGCAGCAGCAACAAGCAGCACAUCAAAGCCAGGUCCAGCAAAGAACAAAUCUGAAAGUCCUAAACAAAAGGCUAAAGGUGCAGGUAAAGCCCAGAAGAAGGCGGCAAAGUCAGGCAAACAGAAGACAGAGCCUGAGGGCAAGAAAAAAGAGGAUCAAAAAGAAAUGGACAUCCACGACGUCGUCUGGGACGAACAGGGGAUGACUUGGGAGGUCUACGGGGCGUCGGUGGACCCGGAGUCCCUUGGCUUUGCCAUUCAGAGCCACUUGCAGUGCAAAAUCAAGGAGCAAGAGAGGAAGCUGGUUGUCCAGACUUCAUUCCGCAAGUCCGCUUCUGGCGCCGACUCGCCGGGCCCCGGAGGCACGAAGAGCAAGCGGAGGCGGCAGAACAUUUUCAGGUCGAUGCUGCAAAAUGUCAGGCGGCCCAACUGCUGCGUGCGCCCCCCUCCCUCCUCCGUCCUCGAGUAGCACAGCACAGACGUAGCCCGUGUCAAACUCCGACCUUUUUUCCCCCCCGGGGUCAAAGUCGUCGUUGUCCUCCCGGUCGUCGUGGUUGCAAAGGCAAGAUCGUGGGUGAAGGGGACGCCCCCCCCCCCCC